AUGGCUACCUCACACCCUUCUGAAAUCGUUCGCGGCGAAUCUCCAGAUCCUUCAAGUCAUGCUGCAAACAUCUACGAUGCCUCAGGUGCAGAAGAUGAGAGUGAGGAUGCUGAGUUCUUCGAUCCUUCUGAGGAUGUUGAGGCAGAUUUCCACGAUGCUGAGGAUGGCAUGAGCGGCGUUGAGAUCCAAUUCUCUGCUCAGGAUGGAGGAAUUGGCACACAAGAUGAUGAUGGAGGAGCUGGAACUGAAGGUGGCGACUCUCGGACCCAGGCGAACACAACUACUGGAGGGCCUUCACGCAUACAAGUCCCAACUCAGAUCCUGCAGCUUUUGGGACAUGCCGGUCUUCGCCGGAUAUUUGCCAACCAUCGGGCAGGCGGCUCUGGCAUCACAUUGCAGCUAGAUGACAGGAAUGAGAUUCUAGAUGACGGCCUCGGAGGUCUGGCAACUCGAAGUAGACGGCGCGCGAAGGGCUCGAGCAAGAAGUUUCCUCCGGUACCAAGCGAGGAAGGGAAGAAAUUAAUGGACGGUGGUUGUUUUGGGAGUAAUGAAUACUACCGAGACACAACCAGAAAGAGGAACACGAGACUGGCAAGGAAGCUGAUGAGCCGGGAGCUGGGCACAAGUAGGGGCCAGUCCACAAGAACGGCCAGCGCUAUAUCACAGGGAAUGAUACCAUCGUCGAAUGCGGACACAAUUAUUCAUUACAACUCUCGGUGUUAUUCUGGUCAAUUCUCAGAAGAUGGGAAUUUCUUCUUCUCGUGCGCACAAGACUUCAAAGUGCGGAUGUACGACACUUCGAAUCCCUACAAUUGGAAAUAUUACAAAACUGUUGUAUAUCCAUACGGCCAAUGGACCAUUACCGAUGCUUCUCUCAGUCCAGACAAUAAGUGGUUGGCAUACAGCUCAAUACGAAGUAUUGUUUGCCUUGCUCCCACAGAUCCCAGCUCAAGCGGUGAACCAUUUCUUCUGGACUUUUCAGAUAUGGGCGGACGUGGGACUAGGAGGAGUCGAGGCUUCCACGGAGGAUUCAGCCAUUUCGGCAUAUGGUCAAUUCGCUUUUCUGGUGACGGUCGAGAGAUCGUAGCUGGGACGUCUGAUAAUUCCGUCUACGUCUAUGAUCUUGAGACCCGUCAAUCUAUCUUGAGUAUUCCUGGACAUAACGAUGAUGUCAAUGCUGUUUGCUUUGGAGAUUCUAAUUCUCCUCAUAUCCUCUACUCUGGCUCUGACGAUACUACUAUCAAAGUCUGGGACCGGAGAAGCAUGGGCGAUAGCCGAGAAGCUGGUGUCUUCAUGGGUCAUACCGAGGGUUUGACCUAUGUUGAUAGUAAAGGCGACGGUAGAUACGUACUCAGCAACGGCAAAGACCAGACAAUGAAGCUUUGGGAUCUUCGUAAGAUGAUGCCAACAGAGAAAGCAUCGAGGCUGGACCCAAGUCGAUAUACCACAGCUUUUGAUUACCGCUUUAUGACUUACGACGAAAAGGACUUUGAGCCGCAUCCUUAUGAUUGUUCACUCGUCACAUUUCGGGGUCAUCGAGUAUUGAAAACGCUAAUACGAUGUCAUUUUUCACCGCCUGGUAGCACCAACUCUCGAUAUGUCUACUCGGGAAGCGAAGAUGGGAGCGUCUAUAUCUACAACAUGGAUGCGACUCUAGCGGGUAAAGUCAAUGUCAACCAAGCGACACAUCACUCUCGGCCUCGAGAUCCGGAUCUGUACGCUAGUCACUACGAACCUGAGGAAGGUCGGAGCAGGGGCGCAUGGAAGACGUGCGUUCGGGAUGCGAGCUGGCAUCCCAACGCACCCGUCAUUGCUGCAACAUCCUGGAAUGGUUGGGGCAUGUCCACUGGAACCUGCACAACGCACAGCUGGAACGACGGAGCAGAAGACGAUGAAGGCGAACCGAAGAUGGGCUUGAGGGUGGAUCAGCGACUCGAGAUGGAUGAUGAUCUCUACGAUAACACACGUCCGUUGCGAGACGGACGACUGAUGAGCCACUACAGAGCACGAUUGAGGAGUCAAAGAGUUCCGGCUACAAAUGAUGAUGCUGUCGAUGAUGAAAGCCACUGGUAG